AUGGAUGAUGCUAUGGAAUCGGAUAAUGAACUUCAACGAACUGUCUAUCAUGGACUUCUACCGCAUGCUGAUAUCGACCCAUUACUCAGAGAAAAUGGUGAUUUUGUCAUUCGUAAAACGGACAAAGAUGGCCAAAUCAUCUUAGCUUUAUCAGUGAGAUGGAAUAGUCAACUAUUGCAUUUUGUGGUCAAUCAAGAUGAAAGUGGCUAUUAUUAUUUCGAGACUCAUAAAGAGAAAACAAUAUGUGACUUAAUUAACUGGCACAAAACAACAAAAAAUCCUGUAUCUGUGAAAAGCAAUGCGAAGCUUAUCAGUGGUAUCACUCGACAAUCAUGGCUUUUGGAUCAUGACGAAGUUCAACUGCAAAGGAAGCUGGGUGAAGGUGCUUUUGGCGAGGUAUAUCUAUCGCAAUAUGUGCGAUCGAACAAAGUAAUUGAUGUGGCGGUGAAAACGAUACGAGAAGAAGCAUCACGACUUGCGCGGCUUAAAUUCAUGAAGGAAGCUCGAAUAAUGCGUAAAUUCUCGCAUCCCAAUGUUGUAAAAAUUAUGGGCAUUAUGGUAUAUGAGAACCCAUUGAUGAUUGUCAUGGAGUUAUGCCCAGAAGGCUCAAUGCUCAGUUAUCUUAGAAGAAAUAUCCCUGUUAAUUCAGACCUGAAAUUACGUUUUGCAACAGAAGCUAGCGCUGGUCUUGCAUAUUUGGAAUCGAAACAUUGCAUUCAUAGAGAUAUAGCAGCAAGGAAUUGUUUGUUAUCAGAGCAACUGGAAGUAAAAAUAAGUGAUUUUGGUAUGUCCGAUGAGCGAAGAAUUAUUUAUGACGAAAAAUUAGAAAAAGUUCCAAUGAAAUGGCUUGCACCAGAGACUAUGCAGCAACGUAUAUUCUCGCCCAAAACAGAUGUUUGGUCUUUCGGCGUAUUGGUUUGGGAAGUGUAUGCGGAUGGUAAAGAACCAUAUCCAGGCUUAUCAAACAUCCAGGCACGAGCUAAAAUUGUUGUUCAAAAUUAUCGAAUGGAAAUGCCGAAAACAGCUCCAUCAGCUGUAUCAAAACUUGUUUAUCGAUGCUGGAAAACGGACCCCAGUGAAAGACCAUCAUUCGCUGAAAUUCACCGCAAGUUGAAAGCGUUGAAGCGAAAGUAA